AUGUCUUCAAAAAACACGACUGAAAAAAAAUUGACGGAAGGCCCAGCGUUCUCGAGAAAUCCUGUAUUUUAUGAAACUGACCCUGACCAGUACUUUGAAGACAUAACUCUCGUUAAGCGGCCCGCCUUUAAUACAACCGGCAAGGAGAUCUCAGUCGCUAUCAACUCGUAUCCAAUUCUUCAGUUUCCAACAAAAACAAUUUAUCAAUACGAUGUCCUCAUUGGAAAUGGCGCUGAAAAACGUGCUGUUCUGGAUAAGGUCUGGAAUUCUAAAGUUAGACAAGAAAAGCUCGGAAAAUUCUGGAUUUUUGAUGGAAAUAAGCUGGCAUGGUCUACUACUCAGCUUCCCCGAGAGUUGAACAUUGUGAUUGACCUGGAUGCUGAAGUUGGCCGAUCAGAUUCGAAGAGAAGCAAUGCCUUUCGUUUAGUAGUUCGAGAAACGAAAAAAAUCAAUUUGGCUAUUCUUGACGAAUAUCUCCGUGGUGUUACUUCGCUCAAGGAUGAUGCUCAGGAGUCGUUUAACUUCCUGGAUCACCUUCUACGCGAAACCCCAAGUCGUACUUUCAUUCCGGUUAAGAGAUCUUAUUUCUCGGAAGACAACCCAAAGCAUGAUCUUGGUGCAGGUGUCUUCGCGUAUAAAGGAAUCUAUCAAGCCAUUCGGGCGGUUCACCCGGGAAAAUUGGCGGUGAAUGUUGACGUUUCUAAUUCGUGCUUCUGGUCUCUGUGGUCCCUCGUGGGUCUUGCUAUCGGAAUGAUGGAUCUUCGUGACGUCCAACAGCUCAUGCACUAUUCAAAACCCCUAGAUGACGGGUAUGGUGGGCAUAUGCCAUCUAAACAAUUUCAGUUGUUGAAUCGCCUGCGUAAAUUGGGCGUUAGACCCAAUUAUCGCGGGUGUCCUUGCCCCGAAAAAGAAUGGAUUAUCAAGGAAUUUCUCCUAGUCAAUGCGAAACAAUACACAUUCGAUGUUAAAACUCCCGACGGCUCGAAGAAGACAACGACUAUUUACGAUUAUUUUAACGAAAAGUACAACAUUAAACUGGACUAUUGGCAGCUUCCUGUUGUGCAAAUGACAAAACCCGGAGUUGUCUACCCUAUGGAGCUUCUUGCAGUGUAUCGUGCGCAGAAAUAUCCAUUUAAGCUUAGCGAGUUUCAAACGGCAGAAAUGAUCAAAUUUGCUGUUUCUAGGCCAGCUGAAAGACGCCAGGCCAUUGAAAGAUGCAAGAAAAAUCUUCGUCACCCGGAGGAUGAUGUGCUCAAGGAAUAUGGGCUCAAAAUCAGCGACACAAUGGUGAGGUCAAAGGCCAGACUGCUCCCGAACCCAGAGAUUCUAUUUGGGGGAAAUCAGAAAUUUAAUCCUGGGACCAAUGGUCGCUGGGAUCUCCGUGGGAAAAAAUUUUACCUCCCAAAUACGACGCCUCUAAAGUCAUGGGGUGUUGGUUUUUUCAAAGGUCGCCAGGGGAUUGAUACUUCUCAGAUCGAAAGCUUCUGUGACAACCUUGUUCGAACAUAUCAAGGACACGGUGGCGAUGUCAAAACCACGCGCCCGCUUAUAAUGGAGUUGCCGCAGGAUCCAGCGAAGGCUGUUUACGAAUUAUUCCAUGCGGUUGGUAACAAAUUCAAUCAACGCCCGCAGCUCUUGAUUUUGAUCGUGCAAGAUCGCCAUAGCUUUCAUUAUCUUCGCAUUAAAAAGUCCUGCGACUGUCGAUUUGGUGUCCCAUCGCAAGUGCUUCAGUCAAGACAAGUAGUAAAGAACAAUGGCCAGUACAUUUCAAACGUGCUGAUGAAAAUCAAUGCUAAACUCGGAGGAACAACUGCACGAUCUAAUUCCAAAUUUAACCCGUCCCUACCACCAUUUACAAUGGUGAUUGGAGCUGAUGUUUCUCAUGCCUCCCCAGGAAGCCAUGCUCCCAGCAUGGCGUCAUUUACCAUUUGUAUGGAUACAUUUGGUGGUAGGUACAACGCCGGUUGCGAGACAAACGGUGAGCGACGAGAGAUAAUAAGCCCAGCCAAUAUUCGUGAUAUUUUGGGCCCUCUGAUCCGUGAAUGGGUCAUGAAUGUCGGCAAAGGCAAAAACCCGCAGAAUCUUUACUACUUUCGAGACGGUGUAUCUGAAGGAGAGCAACAACACGUUCUACAGCGCGAAAUAAGACAUAUUAAGGAUAUCUUCAAAGACAUCGCGAUGGGUAAAGAAUGGGAAGGCAAAGUUACUGUCAUUAUUUGUUCGAAAAGACAUCACAUCAGAGCUUUUCCAGAUUCGAAUGACCGUAAUGCUGCUGACAAGAAUGGCAACCCACUCCCUGGCACUCUUGUUGAAAGAGACGUUACCAACCCACACGGCUAUGACUUUUUCUUGUGGUCGCACGUUGCACUUCAGGGAACCUCUCGUCCAGUACACUACCAGGUUCUUGUUGACGAAAUCGGAAGUUCGCCCCAUCAGCUUCAGAACAUGAUCUAUGAGCACUGUUACCAGUACAUGAGAUCUACUACCUCUGUAUCUCUCUUCCCAGCCGUCUAUUACGCCCAUCUGGCUUCGAACCGUGCUAGGUCACACGAGAAUGUUCCUGCGAGUUCUGGUCCACAGUCUGGGCCUGGUACUAAAUUGAAUCAAGCACCACCCCCACAGAAGCCGGCAGAACCACCCGCUUUAUUGCCCAUGCCAGCCGGAGAUAAGCUUGGAUUUAAGAUGUGGUACAUUUAA